AUGGCUCGUGUUGCGAGCAUCCUUUUCGCAGCAUCCCUUCAAGCGAUUGCUGCCAAUGAGAUCUUGCUGGCUUCCUUUGAUGGUGCCGCAGGCAGUACGCACCACUGGCAACAGAUGAAUGAUCCCAUCAUGGGAGGUAAGUCCACGGGAACGUUCACGGUGGCCGAUGGCAAGGGAAUUUUCAGCGGAGAGGUCGUGGACGUCCCUUUCCUCAAAGCUCCAGGCUUCAUCAAAGCAUCAGUGGUGGAUAUGAAUCCCUCCGGCCGUAUCUUUCCUGACAUCUCCGCAUGCAAGAACAUUGCUCUGACCGUGAAGUCUGAGACUGACUACAAGGGCUUCCGCUUCUCCAUCGGCAACGCACAUGCUCCGGGCGGGAAGUUCCAUGCAUACGGCUACAAGGCUGACUUCAAUGCGGCACCUGCGGGUCAAGUCAACACUGUGACCCUCUCACUGACCAGCUUCACUGACUACUGGGACGAUGCGACCGGCGCGGCGAUCAAGACCUGUCAGGACGAUAAGAUUUACUGCCCAGAUGCUGCGACUCUCAAGGACAUGAGGACCAUGGGAGUCUGGGCAGAAGGAGUAGCAGGCAAGAUCCAUCUCGAGAUCGUGAAGGUGACGGCCACUGAGUGCGGCUCCCGAGACAUGAUUGUCUGA